AUGUAUCCUCUGUCGGUUGAUCAGAGGACGGCUCAAGGGGAGCAGUUUCGACAAGCCAAGCAGCAACUAGAAUCCAAACUGAAAACGAUAGCCAGUUUUUACUCUUCUCCUCAUGCUGAAGCACACACGGGCCCUCCCAAUUGUGAAAGAUGCAAUACCAAGAGGAGACGAAUUACGGAAGCCUAUUAUGAUUUCUAUCUUACCAACACGCCUUGGGAUGCAGCUGAUCCUAGCUUGAGAGCGGAUCUUGACAAAACGUUCAAUAACCCUCAAGGCGACCGACUAGAUCAUAUGCACAAGAUAGUCCAAAGCGUUGUACGAGAGCACAUCAGGCAUGACCUCUGCUCUCCCGACCCCGCCGACGAUGUGGAUACCUUCAAUUACAAGCAGGUGGGAGCAGAAAUGUUUAGGCAGGACCGAGACACGAAAGAAAUCUUAAAUUGCUACACCGAAGCUCAACUCAAGACCAUACGCGAUCCAAACAUCGUCGAGUUUAUCAGGGCAUCAGAAGCCGCCAAUACCCCGGAUCAGCGCGCUCAAACAUAUAUCAACUAUUACUGCAGGCUCACUACUACCGAUACUCCCCAGCAGAAGAACUUCAAAUCCAAAUAUGCGCGGAUGUUUGAGCAACUCAUGCCCCGUGAUGUUGUCGUCACGGCCAUGCGCAAAGAAGCCGAAGAAUUGCAGGCCAGUAAACUCUCGGAUCUAGAGCAUCGUUUGGGCGAGCUGCAAAUGGCACAAUCAGCCCAUUUGAAAGCCAAGGCCCGUAAGGCGGAGAAAGACAAGAUGAUACAUGCUCGCGAGGCUUCUCCAAGAUAUGUCAGCUGCAGUGUAGAGGAGUGUCCUCUGGAUAUCAAUGUUACGUCGGAGGAAGUUAUCGAGUGUGGUAUUUGCGAAUGGCUGAGCCGGAAAGGCGGUAAGGGUAGUCAUUUCUAUUAUUGUUCUGUUGAACAUGCGGAGGAAGAUUUUGACAACCAUGAGCGCCGUGAGCAUCAAUGUUCUAUGGGCUCUCGAUGUCUCUACUCUUCCGGGAUGAGCCCUGCUGGCGACAGUAGCUCUGAUGAUACGGAGCUAUGCGGUAUAUGUAUAGACUGUGAGGACCAUGAGGUCGUGAGCUAUUUCUGCUCUGAUCAAUGCUACCAAAAGAAUCUAGAAGCCCACCGGGAUGAAGUUCAUUAUGGACGAGACAUCCCGAAUACCGCCCGGCAUUUGGAUGAGUGCGCCGUGGCGGAGGAGUUGGAGGCGAUAUGA